AUGGGUACGGAGGUUUUGCGUCCGCAGGAUUGUUUGGUCGAACGGAUCAGAAUUGCUCAACCCGUGUUUCAGCACCAUCGCCGGAAAAACAAUGGAAACCCUAACCCUAGCCGGAAGCCGGCGGUUCGGCCGGAGCAGAAGAAGAACAAGCCGUUGGCGUCGAGUAGAUCGGCGAGUUUGGAUGAUCUGAGAAAGAGUCACAACCACAACAACUACCAUCACAAUAAUCUCGUGAUGGGACAGGUGAUGAUUUUGAGGAGAGGCGAGUCUCUCGAUUCAAAGAUCAACGGUCAUCGUCAGCCGGCGAAGAAGGCUAGCGACGAUCUGAUCGUACCGAAGCAGAUCCGAAUCGGCGACCUCAAAUCGGUCUCCGGCGAUGUAUAUGCCGGAUCGGCGAUCUCGCUGUCUCCGUCGCCGAGAUCUCUACCUCUGCCUUCGUUCUUCAGCAAAAAGCAAGUUUCGAAGAUCGCCGCCGUCGACGACUGCGCCACCAGAGAUCUCCGGCGGUUGCUCCGCCUUGAUUGA